AUGUCCUGAAUGAUGCCAUAUUUGAUGAAGACCAUGAUGAAAUGGUGAUCGUGAAGGACAUAGAUAUGUUUUCCAUGUGUGAACAUCAUCUGGUUCCGUUUGUUGGAAGGGUCCAUAUUGGUUAUCUUCCCAACAAGCAAGUCCUUGGCCUCAGCAAGCUUGCAAGGAUCGUAGAAAUCUAUAGUAGAAGACUUCAAGUUCAAGAGCGCCUUACAAAACAAAUCGCCGUAGCCAUCACGGAAGCCUUGCAACCUGCUGGAGUUGGGGUAGUGGUUGAAGCCACACACAUGUGUAUGGUAAUGCGAGGAGUGCAGAAAAUGAACAGCAAAACUGUGACUAGCACCAUGCUGGGUGUAUUCCGGGAAGACCCCAAGACACGGGAGGAGUUCCUGACACUCAUUAGGAGCUGAGUGUCAGAGUGCGCUGUGGUGUGAAGACCCUGCUGCUAGUGCCACUGUCCAUCUCAAUUGUUAGCAUUCCAUUUUCAAUUGGUAUACAUGUGAGCUCUAUUCCUCGUCACUAAUUGUAUUUAAAAAUUAUUUAUAGAAAGUUGAAUAAAAUAAUCUACAAAGGGGUAAGCCCUACUUUCUUCUUGCCACCUUUUAGUGGCAACCUUAGUAUGAACUGCCAAGAGUAUAAAUUAUAUGCACAACCACUGCCUUGCAGAGAGCCCAAGGGUGCUGGUAAGGAGGAGAAUUCAUGCAUUUGAUGGAAUUGUCUAGUAAUCCGAGUCAGCAGCAGAGGAGCACCGGGCGUGGGAGAGCACUAGGCCAAUACGCUGUUUUUUCCUCUUCCAGCGGAAAUGGUAUAAUUCUGAAAGUGUUAAAAUAAUGUUUGUACACCGUGCAGCAUCACUGUAUCAACUCAAACUCCGCUUUGGCCAUGUUUAUUAAACCACCA